AAAGGGGUGGGGGAACAGUUGGCCAGUUUUGGCGAGGCUUCGGUGUCUGCGUCUCGGCUCACCUGGCUGGGGUUGCUCGGCGCGGCGCUGGCGCAUGGCUGUUUGAUUGCGCUGACCCGCCUCGCCUCGGAACGCUUCGGCCUCGGACCCCUGUUCCUCCUCUUAGUGCGGUCCGUCGUACAGCUCCUGUCCCUGGCCGUGCCUCUGCACAGGGGCCAGAACCCUUUCGGACCAGAGGGCUAUCGACUACAUCUGGUCUGCUACGGAAUAGCCUACUCCCUCUCCCUCUGCUGUGCCUACUCUUCGUUAACCUUCGUCUCCCCUGGAAAUGGCACAACAACGUGGCGCCUUGCAACGACAGCGCUGUCUGCGACCCUUGCCUUCCUGCUCCUGGAGGAAAGACUGGGACUGGCCGAUGGGAUAACCCUGGCUGCGGGUCUGUGCGGUUUGGGGCUCCUGUUGCUUCCCACCACAGACGAGAGCUUUUCUGAUUCACAAGUUGACCCGGUUGCAUUCUGGAAGGAAGCUUUUGGAUGGUCUCUUUCGGCCCUCGCAGGGUUGUGGACGGCCUUGGCGUUGGUCGGGUAUCGCUCGCUGAAAGACAGGAUUGGAGUCGGCACUGCUUUGUUCACGGUGAGCUGGACUGGGUGCCUGCUGACCCCAGCGACUCUGGUUUUGCUCCAGGAGGGCUGGUCCUGGCCAAUGAGUGCUCCAGCCUGGGGCGUCAUCCUGGGUUUGGUGGCCUGCUCUGUGGCAGCCUUCUUAGGAAUGACUCACGCCCUCACCCGGCUCCACCCGGCUCUGGUCUCCGCCUCGCAGAGCCUGGAGGUACCCGUCGCCAUGCUCCUCCAUCUGGCCAUGCUUCCUUCUGUCCCCACUGCACCCGAGGUGGUGGGGAACGCCAUGGUCGUGCUGAGCGUCAGCUGGCUGGUGGCCAUGAAGCUGCUUCCCUCGCGAGUCGGUGGGCGGCGUCAGAGGGAGGAGUACGAGGAGAUUCUCGAGUCUCCUAUCAAAUAGAUCUCCUCAGCCUGCCCUCUUGUUGUCCACACCGUCUGCUUUACGAGAUUGGUUGAAUAACUGUACAUAACAGACUGAUAAAUGUCUACUGGAGCUUUAUCUGUUUUGUAUUGUUUUUUUGUUUUUUUGCUUUUGGGAAAGUGCCAAUAUUUUGUUGUCUGUUACCGUGACUAUAUGUGAUAAUAAAAUCUCUCUGAGAGCUC